AGGUGCUGUCAGCCAAUUCUCUCCUUGUGAAUUGUACAAGUCAGUCUGCAUUUUUUUAUUUUUUUAUUUUAUAUAUCUACAUGUCGGUCUUCAUUUUUUUUUUCUUUCUAAAAAGAUAGGUGUAAAUGACCAUUUCUCUCCUUUCUUUCCAUUAUUCGAUUAUAAAACAUUGGACAGGAUUCUACAACAGCUCCGCAAAACAAAACCUACCCAAAAACAGCUCCACAAAGAAUUUGUAAACCAUCUAUCUCGUCUCAUCAAGAAUCAAUGGCUGAAACAAUUCUUUACGAGACUGUGACUGAGCUCUUGAAGAAGUUGGGUUCCAUGGCUCUCCAAGAGUUCAGACUUGUUUCUGGUGUUAGGGAUGAACUUGACAAACUUAAAAACACUGUUUCCACAAUUAGAGCAGUACUUGUCCAUGCCGAGGAGCAGCGAGCCACAAAUCCUGAGGUAGAAGACUGGCUCGAGAAGCUCUACGAUGCGUUUUAUGAUGCUGAUGACCUGCUCGAUGACUUCUCCACUGAAGUUCUUCGGUGCCAAGUUAUGACUCAGGACAAAAAGCUAAAGAAGGUACGCAAUUUCUUCUCAAGCUCAAACCAACUUGCUUUUAGUAGUAAGAUGGGUCAUGAGAUUAAGGCCAUUAACAAGAGACUAGAUGCAAUUGCAGAAGAGAAGAAAAAAUUUCACCUCAUUGAACAGCCUGUACAGAAUCUUAAGAGGGAGGAGUCUCACUCUUUUGUUCGUGCAGAAAGUGUUAUUGGGAGGGAUGUUGAUAAAACCAAAAUUGUAGAACUGCUAUUAGACAGUAAUGUUCACGACAAUGUGUCCGUUGUUGCAAUUGUUGGGAUCGGGGGACUAGGAAAAACCACACUUGCACAGUUUGUAUACAAUGAUGAAGAGGUCACUAAAUAUUUUGAACUUAAGAAGUGGGUGUGUGUUUCUGACCCCUUUGAUGUGAAACUCAUUGUGCAAAAAGUCAUAGGUUCUGAAGCACAGAAAGACCUUGGGUUGGACGAAUUGCAAAAUCUCACGAGGGCAAAAGUUGAUGGAAAAAAAUAUUUACUAGUGUUGGACGAUGUGUGGAAUGAGGAUCCUCACAAUUGGUUAAAGCUGAUAAAUUUGUUGAAGGGUGGUUCUAGAGGAAGUAAGAUUUUAAUAACAACCCGUACUGAAUUAGUUGCAAAAGUUACGAGGGCAAAUUCAACAUAUAUUUUAAAAGGCUUGUCAAAGGAAGAGUCAUCGUCUUUAUUUAACAAAAUGGCAUUCAAACAAGGGGAAGAGUCAAAGAAUCCAUGUCGAGUAACAAUGGGGGAGGAAAUUGUUCAGAAGUGUAAGGGAGUACCUCUUGCCAUAAUAGGUAUAGGAAGCCUACUAUACUUCAAAGAUACAGAUGCUGAAUGGUUGCUUUUCAAAAAUAAUGAUUUGGCAAAAAUAGCUGAGGUAGAGGAUGUUAUUUUGCCAAUACUGAAGUUAAGUUACGAUUACCUUCCUUCGAAUUUAAAGGGAUGCUUUGCUUUUUGUUCCUUAUAUUUGAAAGAUCAAAAGAUUGAUAAGCAAGAAUUAAUCCAUUUUUGGAUUGCAAAUGGAUUCAUUCAGUCGACGUAUGAAAAUCAACAAUUGGAAGAUGUAGGUGAUAUGUAUUUUAUGAAUUUAUUGAGGAGGUCCCUUUUUCAAGAUGUUGAAAUAAAUAAAUGGGGUGUUAUUAUAAGUUGCAAAAUGCAUGAUCUUGUCCAUGAUCUUGCACAAUCAGUUGCAAGGCCCAAGAGUUCCAUUGUGAAUUUGAAUGUAGAAAAUGUUACCAAAAGAACUCGUCAUGUAUCAUUUGAUUUCUAUGUAAAUUCAUUAUGGAAAAUUCCAACCCCCUUGAUCAGAGCUAAGAAGUUAAGAACAUUUACUUUGGAGUGUCCAUAUUCACAUGGAAUGAUUUAUGAAAAAAUUUGUCAAAUUGUUUCGACUUUUAAAUGUUUGCGUGUGCUUAACAUGUCCAAUUUGAAUAUUAAGACUCUCCCGCGUGACAUAAGCAAGGUAAAACAUUUAAGGUAUCUUGAUCUUAGUGGUAAUUCUUAUAUCAAGACUCUGCCAAGUACGAUUAUCAAGUUACAAAAUUUGCAGACUCUGAAACUCAAUAAAUGCAACCAUCUUGAAGAAUUGCCAAAAGGUAUUAGCAAAUUGGUCAGCCUUAGGCAUCUUGAGCUUGAGAGAUGUGAUGCCUUGAUUGGCAUGCCGUGUGGAUUGGAACAAUUGACAUCUCUGUCGACAUUAACAAAGUUUGUAGCAGACUUCAAUAGGAGCGAAUCCUGGCUCAUGGGGUUGAGUGCAUUGCAAAACCUAAAUAAUCUGGGGGGAAGUUUAUCUAUUGAAAUACGUGGAGGCAUGGACUCAAGAAUGAAGGGAACAAAGUACUUGGAGGCCAAAAAAUACCUUAAGACGCUGAUAUUCGAUUUUACGAUGAUUAGUGGUGAGGAUGAGGAGUUAUUGUUGGAAUCCCUCCGUCCACAUCCAAAUCUGAAGGAGCUGACAAUAUAUUAUAAACGGGGAGUGAGUUUUCCAAGUUGGAUGAGAGUUGACACAAAUGGCUUAUUAUCAUCCCUCCCAAAUCUAGUUAUAAUUGAUUUAGGAAGAUGUCAAAGCAAACGUCUUCCACUAUUUGGGCAACUUCCUUUUCUCCAAAUUUUGAGUCUUUGGCAUAUGGAUCAUGUGGAGCACAUAGAUAACAGGAGUAGUGGGAGUGAGGAGUCUGUCUCUUCAUCCGGUGGAGGAGCAGCAGCAAUAGCAAGAAGAUCAGAACCAACACCCAAAUUCUUCCCAUCCCUAAAAGAACUCACACUCUGGGGAUUGCCUAAAUUGAAGGGAUGGUGGAGUAGGGAAGCAGUAGAAGAAGAAGAGGCAAAAGCAACUAUAAUGGACCAACAGCAACAGCAGCAUCAACAAAAGCAUUAUUGUCUCUCAUCCUUUCCUUCUCUUUCCAAAUUAAAGAUCAGAGAUUGCCCUAAUCUGGCAUCAAUGCCUAUUCUGCAACCAUGUCUUGAACAACUACAACUCAGAAACGUCAGCAAGAAGCUAGUACAACAGCUGUUAAUGAUGACAUUGGUGUCCCCAGCCCCAACAAUCUCUAUGACAACAGAUAUCGCAACCUCUUCAUCUUCUUCACUUCUCCCUCUUUCCAAUUUAAAGUCUCUGACUUUGUCUCAAAUUGAGGAUCUAGAUGACGAUGAUGACAUGCAAUUUCUUCAAGGCCAAAAUUGGAACCUAAUCUUUCUGAAAAUCUCAAGUUUUCAAAAGUUGGUAUCUCUUCCUGUGGGGCUUCAACAUCUUACCACUCUUCAAACUCUAGAGAUUAAAUCGUGUGACAAUUUGAUGGCUUUACCGGAGUGGAUAGGCAACCUCACAUUACUUGAACGACUUAAAAUUUACGACUGCUACAAAUUGACAUCACUGCCGGAUGAGAUGCGUUGUCUCACUGCAUUACAAAAACUCGAAAUUACAUCAGACAGCGAUGAGUUACAUUAUACAAAUUGGCCAAAGAUUGAUCACAUCCCAGAUGUUUAUUUUUCACGACGUCAGUGGUGACAUACGAGGAAAUGUCAAAUAUUAUGUUUGUGCACGUACUCUGGGGCAGCUUGAUGAGCACAUAAUUGCAUUAUUUUUACAGUCUUCUUCUUCUUCCUAUUCAUAUUUGUUUAAUCUCAAAGAUUGCGACCUUUCAUAUUGAUAUGAAGUUCCGUAAGGGUGAAUGUUAGUAGUCUAGAUAAUAUGUUUUUUUUGCUAUGGAGGAGAGUCGGGAGAAAGGAUUUUAUGCAGUUAGUGGAGACUUAAUUGUCUCUAUUGGUACUCAUGAUCAAGGCAAAGGAUUAAGCUUGUAAGACCUGAUUCAGGUUACAAAAUCUAAUUUAUUUCUUGGGCAAUUCCUGUAUGUCCCAGAAAUGGGCAUGAUCUUUUAGUUCCAUUGAACUAUGCAAAACUAUUUGAUGAUCUGAACUCAUCAUAAUUCAUGUGGAUCUUUAACAUGGGAUUUUUUUGCUUAUUUUAUUUCAUUUUUAUUUUUUCCAGAUUAAGACCCUUUUUCAUAUUGAUAUCAAGCCAAGGCUGUAGGGAUGCCUAUUAGUAGUCUAGACAAUAUUUUGUGCAAUGGAGGAGAGUCAAGAGAAAGAAUCCUAUGCGGUUACUGGGGAUUUAUUGUCUAUAUUGUACGGAAGCAUUGGGCUUCUCUGUGGAGCAAGGUAAUUCAAUCCAGAGAGGGAAUAUAAGUUGUGAUCUUAUGUUUAGUCGUGGUUGAGAGAAGCUUUUACCAGGGCAAUAGCAAACAAGUGUAGGAUGAUCGGGUUACUGGAGGGCCACAUGAAACAAUUCCAAAAGCAUUGCUGAAGAAAUUUAACCGGUCAACAUAUGUUUACUGGUGGAUUAGACAACCACAAGCUAACAGCGAGGCCAUAGCGAACAAGUUUAGGAUUAUCAUAUUACGUGUAAGCCACUGCAUCACUGAACUAAUUGUGUUUGAGUUGCACUUGAACAAAAUAAUGGCUGUCUGGUCCAUGAGCCUUCCCCUUCUGGGGGAGAAGUUGGAAACACCUGGUGCCUUCUUUGUGUGGUAAGAAAUAUUUUGAGUUCAAUAUGCUGAGUGGUUUUAAAUCAUAAUUUAUUUUUAUUUUUUAAUGGGGCCUAGGUUUGUUCUAUCAGCCCACCAGGCAAGGGAUAAAGGUGUGUCGAACCCAAAUAUGAUGUGCUAGGAAUGGGAUGUUUUUAAUCUCUUGAAUCUUUUUAGUAUUUAUCCAUGAAUAUAUAAUAACACCUAUGACCAAAAAAUCCCAUUGGUUUGUCUGGUUACUUUUUUAUGCCAUUUACUUGUUUCUAUACUUUUAUGAACUUAUGAAGCAAUCAACUCCAGAUUUUACUACUGCUAACGGUAAUUCUUAAAAUGCCUCCAUGUUGUUUCCUUAACCAGGUUGUCACCAUUUGCAGCCAUGUUGGUUUGGAAGGUUUUCAGAAAUCAAAUUAUUUAAUUGUGAAAUUCACCUGAUAAAUGUUGGCUUAUUUCCUUCCGAAUUUCCCUUCUUUUUUGACAUUUAGACUCCGUUUGUUUGGAUGUAAAAUAUUUUUUUUAUUUUCUGGUGUUUGGUUGUCGUGAAAUAUUUACGAAGACAAAAUAUAUUAAAAUUUAAUAAAAAUAAUCUAUGGAUCAAUUUUUGGUAAGUUAUACGUCCCGCCCCAAGAACUCGACCUAGACCUUUGCCAAACACCGAAAAGUACAAAUAAAAAAAAUAUUUUUCCUAAAAAAUGACAAUAUUUUUGUGAGAAUAUGUUUUUGAAGAUAAAUAAGCUUGUAAUGAGUGAAUGCAUGGUUUAGCCUGUCGUGUGUAGGGUAACAUGUGUCAGAUGGUGCCAAAAGUUGCAGAGGGCCAGAGGGCAACGGCAUAUUAAGCAGGAGUUACAGUAAUUAUCAUCCCAUAAUGAAAUCGCACAAGUUGACAUGGAUGUUUCAACUUUGAGACACAUUCUUGAGAGAAACAGAGCCCCCAAUUUCCAUAGAACAAGCAGUGACCAUUUGAGGUUGCAUGACAUUACAGACUUAAUUUCGGCGAUACCAGGCUCCUACUUUUCAAAGGGAGGUCAGGAGUUCGAGCGGGAAGGAAGCAUUGGGUUUCUCUGCCAAGCAGGGAUAUUCAAUCCAGAGAGGGAAUAUAAGCCAAUGAUUAUCGAUUACAUGGUUGGUAAUAUGUUUUUUCAGCUCACGAGGCAAAGGCUGGAGAAAUGCAUCCAAACACAAGUAUGGUGAGUCAAGAACGGGAAUGCUGUUUUGUGACUCGGAAUCUUCAUAGCUGAUGGAGAAACACGUAGAGGAGCUCCUCCACAUGCUCUGCAAUAGAGAAGCACACACUUGAGAUUUCACGACGGACUUAAUGGAUGGAUUCAUUGAUCUAACUUUCAAGAGAGAGUCCGCCAAAAUCAACGUCAAAAUUGCGGAAGACUAGUAUGGUAGACAUUCUGGAAGUGUGUUUUUUGUGUAAAUAUUUCUCAUUCGUGUUUAUUGGUAAACAAAAUUGUGAAACAUUUUUUACACCUAUUCUGCAAUAGUCUAUUGAACUAUGUCGGCAUGUUUUUAUUAUUGGAAUCGCACAAUGCCAUAAAUGGCGCUUUGCAUGUUUUGUAAGACCUUCUUCCUUGUUCUGUAAUGAAUAGCAUGUUUUAUAUAAUGCAUUUUCCUUUUAGUAAUGCUAAUUCGCCUAACUAGUUGGUGGGUGGUAGUUUACAUGGUCCAGUUACUAGUUUGGGAAAGACCAAAGCAGGAACAGGGUCUCUCCUUAUUUCUUCAUAAUUUAAGUAUCACUCUUUAAUGUGUAUAAUAGUUGUUGUGGACUUGUUACUGGUAUUGAUAUUCUUUGACAUGAACACUAUGGUCAAAUGAAUCUGUUUUUCAAUGCCACUACAUUUUGAAGUCAUUAUUUAAAUGUGUUUUGAACUGGUAAUUGCAAUACUGAGCAAUUGCAAAUGCAGACAAAUUAGACUGGUCUCUAGCUAAAAUUGUCUACUGGACGGUACCCACCGGAAUAAUUUAAACAGAAUUCCCCAGAAAAUGAACUGCCGGGAGGUAGAGUAGAAAUUAAUAUGGUGACUUUCUUGCUGGCGGUAGCUGAUUUGCCCUACUUAGGCCUCAAAAAUGUGGCAAAUGACAAUUCUGUUUGCUUCUUUACAAUUUACCCUCUUUCAUUGGCUAACUAUCAUUGUUUCAGUGCAAGCAUGAAGCCUUAGUCCACCGGAUAAGUCUUCGUCGCAAAUUCCAAGAUUGAUUGUUAAAAUUUUCACCAAAUUUAGCAGAAGCUAAAAUAAUUAAAAAGAUCAAAUUUCCCAAAUGUUUGAUCAAAAUGGCCAGUUCAGUGAUACUCCAAAAAAAAUAAAAAUAAA